AUGGACGCCUCCUCCCUCCGCAUCUCCAAGUUCGAUGGAACUAACUUCCACGCCUGGAAGUUCAAGAUGCAGAUGGUGCUGGAGGAACGGGACCUAUGGGAGGUCGUCAGCGGUGAGAUCAAGGCGGAACAGUGCGAGACUCAGUUGGACCAAGCGACGUACAAGAGGAAGUCAAGAAAGGCGAUGGCAGUGAUCUGUCUAGCCAUGGAAGAUUCCCAGCUACCGUUGGUCCGGUCGGCAAGUGGCGACGAUGUGCUCGAACACAUCAACAAGCUCAAGACGCUGGCGGAACAGCUAGAAGCGGUGGGGGCUCCAGUCUGCGAGGACGAUCUGGUGAUCACACUCCUCGGCAGCCUGAGUGACUCGUAUCAAUUCUUGAUCACAGCUUUGGAGUCGCGCUCAGACACUCUUAGCUGGGAGCUCGUGACGUCUCGACUGCUUCAUGAAGAAAUGAAGCGGAAGGAGCAAGGAAGUAAAGGUGAUGAAGCUUCGCAAGGUCAAGCGUUCAUCACAAGGGACAAUCAGCGCAAAGGGCGACCAGUGAAGAAGUCCUGGCCGUGCCACAAUUGCGGAAAGAUUGGUCACUGGAUGGCGGAGUGCCCCUCGCGCAUCCAAGAAAACACGGAGAGACACCGGCCACAGCGUGCUCAAGACAGCGGCGACCGCUAUCGAUCACAACGUGCAAACGUCGCUCAAGAAGAAGACUCGGGCGACUACCUCUUUUCGAUCGGUGAAACGACAUCUGCGAAAUCGAGCGACAUCUGGCUGGUCGACUCCGGGGCGACGCAGCACAUGACGUGCUCCAAGAAGUUCAUGCGGAACUACAAGGGGUUUGACGCUGUGGAUGUCCAUCUCGCGGAUGAUGGAAUCGUCCAAGCAAUCGGCAGUGGGGACAUUGUCAUGUCGAUGAAGACACCCCAAGGGAUGAAGAAAGGUGUGCUCACAAACGUGUGGCACAUCCCAAAGUUAUCCAGAAACCUGUUCUCGGUCGGCCGCUUCACCAAGGAUGUCGGCCCAGUGACGUUCACGAAGGAUGGGUGCUAUGGAGAAGCGAAAGGGACCAAGUGGAAAAUUGGUGCCCGUGAAGGUAAAGGACUGUUCAAGCUGCAAAUGACUCCAGUGGCGCCGGAACAAGCAAAUGCAGCCAAGUCGUCGGGAUGUCAAGGGGGCACCAAGUCGUACCUCUGGCACCUUCGGCUUGGCCACAUAGGUCACGAUGGACUCAAUUGCAUCGUGACGAAGAACAUUGGAAUUGGCAUCGACAUAUCUUCGGUGAAGAAGUGGGACGUGUGUGAAGGUUGUGCUCUGGGAAAACAGACUCGAGUGCGCUUCCAAUCAAACACUACAGCUCGCACCUCCAAACUCCUCGAAGUGAUUCACAGCGACGUAUGCGGACCGAUGUCGAUGGCAACUUUCAGUGGAAAACGGUACUUCGUGACAUUCAUUGAUGACAAGUCAAGAUACUGUGUCGUCUAUCUGCUCAAGAGCAAAUCUGAAGUUGCGGCGAAGUUCAUGGAAUACGCUGCGAUGGCCGAAACGCAAACCGGAAAGCGCGUGAAGUACCUUCAAAGCGACAAUGGGGGUGAAUACAAGUCCGACAAGCUGGCACGAUUCUGCGCGGAACAGGGGAAUACAACAAAGGUUCACACCCCCAUAUACUCCUCAGCUAAACGGAGUAGCUGA